AUUGUUGAUGAUAACAAAACAUCCUGUAGAAUAAACAUUGAAUAUAUUGUAUAUUCUAUGCAAGGGUACCAUAGAUUAUCUUAUCUACUAACCUACACAUGAUUUGUUAUCUCUGAAAAAUAUUUUACAUAAGUCAAAUAAUGACGACACUCAUACAGUAUAUAAACCCGGAGUGUUCAAACGAGAGCACAACCAAAAUCUUCACUCCAGCAUCAACAACAGUUACUACGGCAACAGCAACAACAACGCGGAUCAUGCUUUGUGUAAUGAUAGCAGCUGCCCUAUUAGGGCUAUCCAAUGGAUUCCUGAUCCCAGAGCGCCCAGAGUUCACAAAGAGAGAGAUAGCUACAGUGCCAUCUAUUGAUGCCCCAAAGUACAUGGGGCGUUGGUACCAGAUGUAUACCAAUACUUUUGGUGAGACCUUCAAUGGAAAAGACCAGCAUUGUGUCAUGGCAGAUUACAAACUGAUGAAUGCCACCACACUAAGUGUAUUCAAUUCUGGUAAGCUUGGAUCUCCCACAGGAGACUGGAGACAAAUUGAAGGAUCCGCAACACAGAUCUCCCCUGCUGAACCAGGAAAGUUCCAGCUUUAUUUGGAAUAUGUACCUUUCCCAGGCACAUACUGGGUGAUCAAGCUUGGACCCAUUAAGAACGACCAAUACCAAUACUCAGUAGUCACAAGCAGUGACGGCAGUCAACUUUACGUCCUCACACGUGAUGUCUCUGAGUUCAACCUCUAUGAGAAGGAAAUCCUUGACUUUGUUGCCGAGAAGGGAUUUACAGAAGAUGCCACUAAGCCCAUUUUCACACCACAUGAAGCUAACUGCCCAUAUGUCGACAAAAAGCAGCCUAACAUUUUGGAUGAGCUCAUCGAUGAGAUUAUGGGAUAACCAAGUUAAAUGUCACUUUUAUGUAUUAUUUAUUUAUUUAUGUUUAAAAUAAAGUUUUGUAUCUAAUAAAAAUCAA